AUGAAUCCUCCUUCAGCCUCCUCAUCCUCACCAGGCAUUAUCGAUCUGCCAAAAGAUAAACUGGAUGUCAUUGCUCAGCGAGCUAAACAGUUGGAAGCUCAAGGCGAAAAAGAAGAUGGCAAAAACGAGUUCUCGCAACUAAUGGCAGUGCUACGGAUAUUUCAGCAACAGCAGCAGCAACAAACACUCAUGCUUCAACAACAGUUUCUUGCACAAGCGACACCUGAACAACAGCAACUACAACUUCAACUCCUGCAGCAACAGCUUGUUCAACAACAACAGCAGCAGCAACAGCAACAGCAAGGUGCACCUUCAUCAGCAACCGCUUUGUUCAAUGCAUUACAAUAUCAGAUGUUAGCUUUCAGCCUACUUCAGAAGAAUAUGGGACUUGCCAACAAUGAUGAGCCACUACCACCGGUCCAAGAGCAAAGGAAAGCAUUGGCUGAGAAGCUUGUGGAAGCCAUCUAUCGACAAGAACGUGAUCAUCAUGCAUUGAGUGCUCUAAAGUUUCCUGACGCCAAACCCAAAGAACGACUUACUGCCAAUGACUUGCUGGUGGGCAUUCAGCGAUCACAUGCACACGCCUCUCGACAACAGAAGCUCUUGCUACCAUUAUCCAUGCCAGCUGGUCUCAGGCCGCACACCGUAUUCGAAGAACGUGAGAAUCGCAUUCAACAUCGUGCCAAGCAGUAUCAUGAACAGCUUGAGAAUCAAGUCGUUCAUCAGGAUGACGAGAACAACAGCAUCACAUUGGGCCACCUUAUUGAUCACGACUAUCACAACACGCUGAACAACGCUUCCCAUGAGCAGAUCCAUGAUAUUAUCAAAUUGAAAGCCCUACGACUUCGUGAUAAGCAGACCAAGCUAAGAGGAGAUAUUCUUCGCGGUUUUGAGGAAGCCAAUCGAUUGCAAACAACGGUGGGCAGUGCAUCGUAUCGCAAGAUGAUGCGGCAAACAAUGAAGGAGGCCAAGUUGACGGAGAAGCUUGAAAAGCAACAGCGCUUGGAUAAGGAAAAACGUGAAAAGCAGCGGCAUCUUGAUUAUUUGCAAUCUGUAUGCAACCAUGGACGUGAUCUUCUUGGAUGGCACAAGGGAUAUCAAGGGAGAAUGGGCAAAUUGGGCAAGGCGAUGCUCCAAUACCAUGCACAUAUCGAACGUGAAGAGCAACGACGUGCCGACAAACGAUCCAAGGAGCGUAUUCGUGCAUUGAGAAAUGAUGAUGAAGAAGCCUACAUGAAGUUGAUUGAUGAAGCCAAGGAUACCCGAUUGACACUGCUGCUCAAGCAAACUGGCUCGUAUCUUGAAUCACUCACACGUGCUGUUGUCGAUCAACAAAAUGAUCCCGUUCAUGACUUGUUACAACCCGAGGAUGAGGAAAAGGGUGAUGAGGAAACGAUGCUCACUGAUUCGGCUGGAAAUAAGAUCGACUAUUUCAGGAUGGCACAUCGUAUCCAGGAAAGCGUUUCCCAACCCAAGAUAAUGACUGGAGGUCAACUCAAGGAUUAUCAAGUCAAAGGAUUGCAGUGGAUGGUUUCAUUGUACAACAACAAAUUGAAUGGCAUCCUUGCAGAUGAGAUGGGAUUGGGAAAAACGAUUCAGACGAUCAGCCUUAUCACGUAUUUAAUCGAGAAGAAAGCACAAAAUGGACCAUUUCUUAUCAUUGUACCACUUUCUACAAUUGCUAAUUGGGCACUGGAAUUUGAAAAGUGGGCACCCACAGUGACCAAGAUUGUGUACAAAGGCAUUCCUGAAGUUCGCAAAUCGAUUCAAAAGCAGCAGAUCCGACAUGGUGGAUUCCAAGUGCUCUUGACAACGUUUGACUACAUCAUCAAAGAUCGACCCGCCUUAUCCAAGAUUAAGUGGACUUACAUGAUUAUGGAUGAAGGCCACCGCAUGAAAAACACCAAUUCCAAGUUGACAUCAGUGCUUCGACAGUACUAUACCUCACGUUAUCGACUCAUUCUUACGGGCACACCAUUGCAAAACAACCUUCCAGAGCUAUGGGCAUUGCUUAAUUUUAUUCUGCCACGCAUCUUCAAUAGCGUCAAAAGCUUCGAGGAAUGGUUCAAUACCCCCUUCUCAAACCAAGGUGUGCAAGACAAGGUCGAAUUGAAUGAAGAAGAGCAAUUGCUUAUCAUCAAACGUUUACACAAGGUGCUACGACCUUUCCUUUUGAGACGCUUGAAAAAGGAUGUGGAAGCUGAAUUGCCAGAUAAGGUGGAACGCGUGAUCAAGUGCAAGUUGUCUGCAUUACAAUCUCGACUCUAUUGGCAAAUGAAAAAGCACGGCAUGCUUUAUUCAACGAGUGGAACAGGAGGAGGUCGCACAAGCAUCAAGGGUCUUAACAACACCAUCAUGCAACUUCGAAAGAUAUGCAACCAUCCUUUUGUGUUUGAAGAAGUCGAACGUGUGAUCAAUCCAUACAAGAUCAGCAAUGAACUUUUAUAUCGAACCUCUGGCAAAUUUGAGCUUUUGGAUCGAAUGCUUCCCAAGUUACGAGCUACGGGCCAUCGAGUAUUGAUCUUUUUCCAAAUGACACAAAUCAUGGAUAUCAUGGAAGACUUUUGCUUAUUCCGGGGCUAUCGACAUUUACGAUUGGAUGGAUCAACAAAGGCAGAUGAUCGUUCACGACUCUUGGAAGUCUUUAAUGCACCUGAUUCGCCUUAUUUUGUCUUUUUGUUGAGUACACGUGCAGGUGGUCUUGGUCUCAAUUUACAAACGGCAGAUACGGUCAUUAUCUUUGAUUCGGAUUGGAAUCCACAUCAAGACUUGCAAGCACAAGAUCGUGCCCAUCGUAUUGGCCAAACCAAAGAGGUGCACAUCUUUCGACUUAUCACUGAGAAUUCCAUCGAGGAGAACAUUUUGGCGCGUGCCCAAUACAAGUUGGAUAUUGAUGGCAAAGUGAUUCAGGCUGGCAAGUUCGAUCAUCGUAGUACGGAGGAGGAUCGUGAAGCAUUUUUACGUUCGUUAUUGGAAGACAAGAGCGAUGAACGCGAUGAAGGAGGCGAAGAGAAUGAAGAAUUGGAUGACGAAGAGCUCAACUUGAUGCUAAAACGGUCCGAUCAAGAAUAUGCCACCUUUACCAAGAUUGAUCUGGAGCGACAGCGAGCAGCAGCAGAAGAACAACGAUUGUAUGGCGACGAUGAUCAGGAUGGCAAAAAGCGUGAGCGGCUCAUGCAGGAUUGGGAGUUACCAGACAUUUACCGGUACGAUCACAUGAUGAUGGAUGAACAAGAUGAGACUUCGUUAUUAUUGGGUCGAGGGCAACGUAUGCGUGAAACAAUACGCUAUGAUGAUGGAAUGACCGAAGGACAAUGGUUACGACAAUUAGAAAAGCGUACAGCAUCCCCAGAGUCUACAGAUAGGCGGGUAAAGAAACCACGUAUGCAAUAA